AUGGGCCCGUCUCUCGCCAUGAUGCGACUUGCCUUGGUAGGCCUUCUGGCCUUCGUCUCAAUCGCAUCGGCCCUGCCUGCAUCGAAACUUUCACGAGCGCUAGCGGAUCCCACCACAGAUCCCUUCUACCAGCCUCCUGCUGGCUACGAAUCAAAGGAGCCAGGAACGAUCCUGGCCCAGCGCAAUGUCAGCGCUGCGUUCUUCGGCCUUAUUCCAAACCCCAUCGAAGCUCACCAGCUGCUGUAUCGCACCACAGCUGUCAAUGGAUCCGCUAUCUCGACUGUGACUACAAUCUUCAAGCCCAAGGGUGCCAAGUCUGACCGGUUCAUCUCGUUCGCCACGGCCUACGACAGCUCCGCGGUGAAAUGCCAACCUAGCUACGCCUAUAGACUCGGCGCUGCACAGGAUAGUCUGGUUGCCUCGGUUGAGGUGUUGAUUAUUGAAGCUUAUCUUCUCCUUGGAUACACCGUCGCGUCUCCGGAUUACGAGGGCCCUGAUGCGGCCUUCGGUCCCGGCCGUCUGGCGGGUAUGGGCGUGUUGGAUGGUAUCCGGGCUGUGAAUAACUUCGACACUUUGGGUCUCGACAAGAACCCCAUGGUCGUCGGCAUUGGCUACUCCGGUGGUGCCAUCGCCACUGGGUGGGCAGGCUCGUUGCAGCCUAACUAUGCCCCUGAGCUGAACAUCAAGGGAUGGGUCCAAGGUGGAACUCCUGCGAAUCUCACUGGAACAUUGCUCACCAUUGAUAACACGGCCUUCAGUGGAUUCCUUCCCGCUGCUGUCGUUGGCCUUUCAGCGCCAAGUGCGUACGGAGCCGAGCUUGAUCCCAUUAUCCACAAGAUUUUGACACCAGCAGGCCGCAAGGCCAUUGAUGCCGCUGCCAACCAAUGCGCGGUGCAGGACCUAGCGAGCUUCUUCGAGCAAUCGCUUCUCGAAACCAAAGUCCAGACUUUGGGCGAUCGCCUCCUCUACGAGCCUACUAUCCAGUCUAUUCUGCAGAAGAACAACAUGGGUGUGCACAAGGACGAGACCCCGACUGCACCCACUUUUGUUUACCACGCCACUAACGACGAAGUCAUUCCCUACGCCAACACUACCACCAUGGUAAACUCUUGGUGCGACGCGGGUGCCAAUGUCAAGUUCACUACCUAUGCCAACGGUGGUCACGCGACCACAGAGAUCAUCGCGUUGCCGGAGGCCAUCAAAUUUACUGAAGCUGCCUUUGAUGGCAAGACGGCGAGUGGCUGCACCAAAAACACUGAGCUCUCUAACAUCCUCAACCCGUUGGCUCUCGGCGCGUCUCUGGAGCCGAUUCUUGUCAAGCUUGUUGAUGGUUUGGCCCACCUGGGCGACAAGGACUCCAAGGUUAUGUCCGAUAUCAACAUCCUUGGUAUCAAGCUUCCGGUCUAA